AUGCCAUACUCACAUCACAGCCACUCUGGCCAGUUCUGUAGCCAUGCAAAGGACACGCUCGAAGAGGUCAUUCAGGCAGCCAUAGCCAAAGGGUUCCAUACCUUUGCGCUAACCGAGCAUAUACCCCGGCCAAUCGAAGACUUCUACCCCGGAGAAGCUGAGUCGUACACGGUUGAGAGCCUUGCCAAGCUAUUCGACGACUUCAUUGUCGAAGCAAACCGGCUGAGAGAAAAGUACUCGAGCGAGAUAGAGAUUCUGAUUGGCUUUGAAUCAGAAUGGAUUCGUCCGUCGACCCUGGAGCUGAUUCGGAGCGUCCGCGAAAAAUAUCCGUUUGACUUUUUCAUGGGCUCUGUCCACCACGUGCAUACGAUUCCCAUCGACUACGACCGCCAGACGUAUGAGCAGGCUAGGGACAAGGCGGGCGGGACCGACGAGAGGUUGUUUGAGGAUUAUUUCGAUUCUCAAUGGGAGAUGCUACAGGCGCUGCGGCCCUCCGUCGUCGGGCACCUCGACCUCAUCCGUCUGCUGAGCGAUCAUCGCGACGAUGGGUUCAAAGGCAUGGCUGGUGUUUGGCAGAAGAUUGAGCGCAACCUGGAAUUCAUUGCUUCAUAUGGCGGUCUGCUCGAACUCAACUCUGCCGGGUUACGCAAAGGUCUGGCCGAGCCGUAUCCGUGCUUGCCAAUAUGUCAGAUGUUCGUUCGGAUGCGAGGCGGUUUCGUCAUGUCUGACGACAGCCAUGGAAUCGAUCAUAUUGGCACAAACUAUGCGCGGCUCCUUGCCUUCAUCCAGACUGUAGGGACUGACCGCAUGCACUACAUCGAGCGGGCCGAGCAGGGCAAAGGCACCACCACCACCACCACUACCACCAGCACUCGCGUUGCCAGCAUUGCUCUGACCGACCUGGUGCAGUUGCCGUUUUGGGAAAAAGCAACGUGA